AUGGAGCACACAGCGGGGUUGCGCCCUCGCCCCUCCUCUCCUCUCUCCCUGCUCCUUUCCGCCCCGUUCCCCGGGCUGGAGAGCCUUUUGGAGGGUGCCCUCAGCCUGGUUCCGGCACGCCUGCCAGGCUGCGGGGAGGACCGAGGAGUGCAGGACCCUGAACGAGCGCUCCCCGCGGCGCACAUGCAGUCCCGGCGCUCAGCCGGGUCCAGCCCAGCCCCAGGAGGGCUGGAGCACAGGCUUAAGUACAGGCCCUCCACCCCGAGGUCACUUGACACCCUGUCCCCCACACCCGGACAAUCCCAGCCCCCCAUUCCUAGGGGCUCGCUCCGUUCCUCCCCCUGCUUGCCCCCACCCACUGCCGGCAGCUCCUCCCUCGCGGAGACCCAUAAGGCGGCCGGAACCGCAAGCCACAUGCUCGGCGGCACCAUGAAUGUCUCGGACAGCGCCGGGGACACCCGCAAUGUGGACGAUGGCGGCUGGCAGCCCGAGGCAGUCCUGGUGCCCACGCUCUUCGCGCUCAUCUUCCUCGUGGGCACCGUGGGCAACGCACUGGUGCUGGCCGUGCUGCUGCGCGGUGGCCAGGCCAUCAGCACCACCAACCUAUUCAUCCUCAACCUAAGUGUGGCGGAUUUGUGCUUCAUCGUGUGCUGCGUCCCCUUCCAGGCCACCAUCUACACCCUGGACGACUGGGUGUUCGGCUCACUGCUCUGCAAGGCCGUGCACUUUCUCAUCUUUCUCACCAUGCACGCCAGCAGCUUCACACUGGCUGCUGUCUCCCUGGACAGGUAUCUAGCCAUCCGUUACCCGCUGCACUCCAGGGAGUUGCGCACGCCCCGCAACGCUCUGGCGGCCAUCGGGUUCAUCUGGGGGUUGUCGCUGCUCUUCUCUGGACCGUACCUGAGCUACUACGGCCAGUUGCAGCUGGCCAACCUGACCGUGUGCCACCCGGUGUGGAGUGCGUCUCGUCGCCGCGCCAUGGACCUGUGCACCUUCAUCUUCAGUUAUCUGUUGCCACUGCUGGUGCUCGGCCUGACCUAUGCGCGCACCUUGUGCUACCUCUGGCACACGGUCGACCCAGUAUCUGCCGGCUCCGGCGCCCGGCGCGCCAAGCGCCAAGUGACGCGCAUGAUUGUCAUUGUGGCCACGCUCUUCUGUCUUUGCUGGAUGCCCCACCACGCGCUCAUCCUCUGGGUCUGGUUUGGACGCUUCCCCCUCACGCGCGCCACCUACGCUCUGCGCAUCCUCUCGCACCUUGUCUCCUACGCCAACUCCUGCGUGAAUCCCAUCGUUUAUGCGCUCGUCUCCAAACACUUCCGCAAGGAUUUCCGCAAAAUCUGCGCGGGCUUGCUACGCCGCGCUCCCGGCCGCAUCUUGAGUCGUGUGUACUUCGCAGCGCCGGGCGCCUAUAGUUUAAGCGUGCUGGAGCGUGAGUCUACAGACCUAACGCACUUGAGUGAGGCGGCCGCUCCCCUUGCGCCCGCCCCAGCGCCUCCCAGCAGUCUGGCCUCCAGUCCCGGCCCUUAUCUAGACAGUUAA